AAUGCAGUCGCGGAGGGGGAACUCUUGGGUGCCCCCAAGUUCCUAGUCGGUCCCCUACUCGGUGCGUCGCCUCGGUACUACCAAGGCGGCGCCGGGAAGCUGUGGGCCCUGGGAGGGUGAAGAAAAGGCCGUCGGGCGGUGACUGACCUGUGUUUGUGCCCCCUCACGUCGGCCACGCCAGACUGGCCCGUACUUUAACUUCCUUCUAAUACCUGAGAAGCAAUGCUAGUAGCUGGAUUCUCUCGUCCCCGGAAGCAUCCCUGGGAGAAACUGACCGCGGUACACGUGGGUGGGCGGUGCCCUGAAGAUCUGAACCAAUGAUGCUGGGUUCACCCACAUCUCCAAAGCCAGGAGUUAAUGCCCAGUUCUUACCUGGAUUUUUAAUGGGGGAUUUGCCAGCUCCAGUGACUCCACAACCUCGAUCAAUUAGUGGCCCUUCAGUAGGAGUAAUGGAAAUGAGAUCACCUUUACUUGCAGGUGGGUCACCACCACAACCAGUUGUACCAGCUCAUAAAGAUAAAAGUGGCGCUCCACCAGUUAGAAGUAUAUAUGAUGACAUUUCUAGCCCAGGACUUGGAUCAACACCUUUAACUUCAAGAAGACAGCCAAACAUUUCAGUAAUGCAAAGUCCUCUGGUUGGAGUUACGUCUACUCCUGGGACAGGGCAAAGUAUGUUUAGUCCAGCAAGUAUCGGUCAGCCACGAAAGACGACAUUAUCUCCUGCCCAAUUGGAUCCUUUUUAUACUCAAGGAGAUUCUUUGACUUCCGAAGAUCACCUCGAUGACUCUUGGGUGACUGUGUUUGGGUUUCCUCAAGCAUCUGCUUCCUACAUAUUGUUACAGUUUGCACAGUAUGGGAAUAUCUUAAAACAUGUGAGACAGUUUCAUUCUUUGCAGAUGUCUAACACAGGAAAUUGGAUGCAUAUUCGUUAUCAGUCUAAACUGCAGGCUCGGAAAGCCUUAAGCAAAGAUGGAAGGAUUUUUGGAGAAUCCAUCAUGAUUGGUGUGAAACCAUGUAUUGACAAAAGUGUUAUGGAAAGCAAUGACAGAUGUGCUUUAUCAUCACCAUCUUUAACCUUUACACCACCAAUCAAAACUCUAGGUACACCAACACAACCUGGAAGUACUCCUAGGAUUUCUACCAUGAGACCUCUUGCUACAGCAUACAAAGCUUCUACUAGUGAUUAUCAGGUUAUUUCUGACAGACAAACACCAAAAAAAGAUGAAAGUCUUGUAUCCAAAGCAAUGGAGUACAUGUUUGGCUGGUAGUAGAAGAUCAAGGAGGAGGUUGCUACACUAAAACAGUUAGCCGAGUGCUGCUGGUUCCUUCGGUUAGUUAUAUAACCAUUCCUGCAGUAUUGGAUACUAUCUCAUGCUUCUUUUAGAAAGAAGCCUUUUUCAUUAAGGAUACAGCCUAUUUGUAGCUCGCACUUUAAAAGAUGCUUGAGAUACAUUUUAAAGAAAACUAAAAGUCCCCGUAAAUAGGAUUUUAUGCUUUCUGUAACAGUGCAUGCUUCAGCACAGAAAACUCAGCACUGAUUAUUGUUAAUUAAAUAACUGAAAUUGUGGUGAGACUUCAUUGUCUUUGUGAAAAGAUGAGGGUGAAUUUCAUGAAGGGGAACCAUAGUUAUUUCUACCAAGGCACAAAGAUUAUAAUUAGGAAUUUGAAUUAUGGUCUUUUAAUUUAGAUAGUAUUUAAUAUUUUAAUUAUCCUUGUUUGUAUAUAUCUUGUCACAGAGUGUCCGCUUUGUGUAUUCUAAAACCAACAUUCUUUUAAAAAACCUACAGCUAAAGUUUCUUAAUAAUAAACAUUGUCAAUGAUA